AUGUCAAACCUUGCAAAACUCGAAUUUGUUGCUCUUGAUAUUACUGGAAACAACUAUCUAUCUUGGGUUUUAGAUGCUGAAAUACACUUAAAUGCAAAGGGACUUGGUGAUACUAUUAAAGAAAACAACACUGCAACAAGCCAAGAUAAGGCUAAAGCUAUGAUAUUCCUUGGCCAUCACCUUCAUGAAGGCCUUAAGACUGAGUACUUGACUGUUAAAGACCCACAAGUCCUUGAAAAUUACAUCACAAUUGAAUUAUGUGGAGAGAAAAUCACGGAUGCAGAAAUGUUAGAAAAAACAUACUCUACUUUUCAUGCAAACAAUGUUGUCCUGCAGACACAAUACCGUGAAAAGGGUUUUACAAAAUAUUCUGAUUUGAUAUCUUGUCUCCUUGUGGCUGAGAAAAAUAAUGAACUAUUGAUGAAAAAUCAUGAAUCACGCCCAACUGGCUCUACUCCAUUCCCUGAAGCGAAUGCGACAUCCCAUAAUGGAAAAGAGCAAAAGGCUAGAGAUCACGCCAGCAAUCAUGGUCGAGGCCGUGGUCAAGGUCGUGGUCGCGUCCGCGGACGUGGACAUAAUCGUGGUCGAGGUGGUCAUUUUAGGAACUCAUACACUCACCAGAAGUGGGACAAUAAAGAUGGAAAUAAGAAUGAGAAGGAUAAAUAUGAAAAUUUAUGCUACCGUUGCGGAGGAAAAGGCCAUUGGUCUCAUGUGUGUCGUACACCAAAACAUCUAGUAGACCUUUAUCAACAAUCAAUCAAACAGAAAGGAAAUAAAGUGGAAACAACUUUGGUGUACGAGGAUGGCGAAGGUGAUUUUGAUUACGAUGAUACAACUCACCUGGAAGCGGCUGAUUUCUUUCCUAAUCCCGAAGAAAAUAAUUGA